UGUGCGGUCGUUUGUAUAACAUUAAGGCUGAAGAGACGUGCCAUAGCGUUUUACCACAGGAAAAUUCUCUCUAACGUAAGGGGUAAAAGAUUAUGACCGACGGAGAACGUAUAGCGGAGUUUUAGAUUUUUUAUUAUGCCGAAAUAGAUACAAAGUGUUUGAGAAGGUAUUGAAGCGUCACUAACCUUCAUUUUGUGCAUGUUGUCUAAAACAGUAGUGUGUGGUUUGAGUUUUCUAGUUAAACGACAAAAUUAUCAUCCUUCUGAUAACGAUUUAUUUUCGAUUUGGGCUCAGAUUGCAAGUGUAUACACGUGAGAUUCAAACGGCUCGUUUACACAGUUCGAUGUUUAUGUUUUGUGUAUCAAUAUUAGCAAAAAGAAACAUGAAUUGCCUAAACGAGGCAAAAUAUUAAAAAGUAAAUCAUAAAUAACAGCAAAUUAUUUAUGUUGGAUCUAUAUGUGUUUAGAAAUAAAACAAAUCAACGAAAAAUAUGAUGUGUCCUGAAGAAGAUCGUUUUAUACAUGAAAAUAGCUUACGUCUGAUUGUUGUGAUGGGACUGCUGCUGGAGGUAUAAAAAAAUUCGAAACCCAUGUGCUGAAAAUACAUCUCGUGUUUCGGAAAUAAUUUAUAAUGUAUUGCUUCUGUGUUCUUAAUGAAAUAUGCUGAUGAUUGGAAAUCGUGUUUUUUAUGGAAAUGGUCAGUGGAUUUACAGAAUGAUUAUAGUGUUUUAUUUGAAAUUGGCUAAAUAUGGUGCCAGCUGAAAGGAAUUAGAACCGUGUAAAUGAUACAACAAGCAAUUCUUUAUGAGACCAACGAUUAGCAUUUGUGUAUUUCUAAAAAAGUAAAAUGAAUAGUGAAAAACCAAAUAGCACAACAUGUAACAACUGUUUCUCAUUGGUAUUGAAUUAGUGCAUAUAUGUGAAUAUUUUAUAUAUACACAUUACUUCAAGUGGUGAUUGAAACUAUUUUAUAUGUGUUUAUCAACCUGUUUGGAAAUAACUCCUGCAAUCUGGAUUGGUGUCUAUCUGUUCAGUAGCAUUAAUGAAUGUGACAUUUCAAUAAAAAAUAAAAAGGUACAAUGAGGCCAAACAAAUACGAUGUUACCACAGCUUACCGUCUAUGCCAAGAUUUUGUGCCUCCUGAUGGUGGUAAUGAUUGCUGGAGCAACACCCGAAUACAUGUUUCUUCAAUCGGCAUGCUCAUCAAAAUUUGUUCGAAUAGUAGCAAAAAACGGCACGGUAUUUGCAGACGACAAUGGACAAAGCGGUCGACCACAAACUUUCACUAUAGAGGCUUUUCAAUUACCAAAAAAAAACAUCACUUUGGCAGUAGCAAUACGCUGCAAAGAAACCGACAUGUACUUAUGCUUCGACAAAAAUUGGAAAAUCAAAGGCAUGAAAAGAAAAGGCAAUAUCGAGAACCGACCACGUUGCAACUUCAUCGAAAGCCUCACAGGAGGAUACUUUCGUUACCAAUCGGUAGUGAGCAGGACGAAAUACCUAGGUUUUAUCGGCAGCGGUAAACCUAUCAAUUACAAAGUAAAGCGGUAUAUUGACGAAAAGUGCUACAAUUUUCAACGUCCUGAUGAAGGAUCAUUCCAAACUGUCGGCACACCCAAAUUUAUUCAUAAUCAUAGACAUAAACAUGGAUUAAACGACCAACGUAAAACGCGCAACAGAAUUUAUGCACAUCGACAACAAAAUAUUGCUGAUCAGCAAGUUACAUUCCCAUCGCAGCAAAUCAUGCCGUCACAUUUUCCUUUUAUCAAUAAUACCAAUAAUUUAUCGCGGUACUUGGCUUCUUCAGUAUUAUUACAAAACCCAUUACGGAUCAGUAACGAAGUACAUACCACCACGCAAUUUCCUUCAAAGAAUUUCAUCACAAGGAAGCAAAUAAAACCAUCUAAACGACACGGGAAGACCAACAAAAAAACCAUUUUGUAUGAAAGUCGCGAUCAUAGCAGUAGCACAAGGCAUCACUAUCACUAUGACUACAGAAAUAAUAAACAAAGCAUUGGUCGGUCUGCACCAGCUGAAAUUAGAGCUUAAGGCUAUCGACUAUGCUGCCUUUCACCUCAAAAUUUACAGUGAUAGUAACUAAACACAAGGACUACGAAAAAUUGAAAAAUAUAGAAGUUGACUUGCUACAAAGUAUUUGAGGAACAGUAACAGAAAACGAACUGUUUAAAAAGGUUGAAUGACGCUGACAUACAUAUAAUUAUGAUAUGAAAAUGAGUUCAUAUUGAGUAUCUAACAGUGUGAAAUACUAACGUCUACCUAGUCGUAAGAAUUUGCACAAUACUUUAAAUCGCAUUGCCAUUCAAAGUUAGAUAUGAUGUCGUAGAAUUUUCGAGUUCUACUAUUCUUGAAACAUAAAACCCGGUAAACACUGCCACCUUUACUAAAUACAUUUUUUCACAUAACUGCAAUGCUCUUCUUUUCUCGUUUUUACAUAAUAUUAGGCUUAUACAAAUUUGAAAAAAAGUUUAUGUCCUGGUCUCAAAAUAUAGUUGAAGGGGGGGGCAAGAAAAAAAUAAUAACAUUAAACCUUCAAUAACCAAACAAAAGAGAAGAAACCAGCGUUUAUUUUUCCAUAUUAUUAAAAUUUUAGUACAUGUGUAUUUGUAUUUGUAUAUUUUGUACAGUAGGUACUUAAAUUUUAGUUCAACCCUUUCAAACUUCAAAAUUUUUCGACCCAAGCACAUAAAGUAAGCAUCCUGGUAGAGAUGAAGCAGUUUGAUAAUAGUGGAGUGCCACAGGAUCACCUUAGAGAGCCACAAACGUAUAACUUGACCUUCCUUUUGUUUUGAACCUCCGUGUCACUCGGUUAGUUACCUUGCUUUUUUAAUAAUCGCAAUCUGUGUCACUUACUAGUUCAGAACUCGGUAACCACGACGUAGUAUCGUAAUCUAACCAUAGAGUGAAAAUGGCAGUUUAGGUCCCUGCCAUUUUAUUACUUGGAACACUUAUGCUGUGCUGUCGACAUGUUUUAAGAAAACAAAUCUCUGAAGCUAUUCACGUUUCCUGGUCAACCUUUUUGUCAUGAAUAUCAGGCCUCUCUCUUGUAUAUUAAGGAUGCACACCAUUUCGAAAAUUUAGAAAGUUUAGAACAGUUCAGUGACAUCCUGCAUGCUGCAUGCAUUCAAUGAAUGGUAAAAACUGUAUCGUUGAGUUUUACGUCCCCUAUCUCCAAAAUUAGGGUAGUUACUUGGACAUUACGGAGUAAAACGAACAAAUUUUGAGCCCCGAAAACCCGAAAAAUUGUGUUUCUAUUUUUAUCUUAUCUAGUACCUUUGAGGGAAAAAAAUAAUCCCACUGCAAUUCAAAAAUCGGAAUAUCUCCGUCAAAAGCGGUACCAAAUUUCACUAAUAUAUUGUUUAAUUGAUUGUUGCCUCCAUCUAAUUCUUUUAAAACAAGGUAAAUUAAAAUGGAAUCAAGCCGAAAGUCUGAUUGCAAGCGCCCCAAUUUUCGACGUCGGGAACUUAAAGAUUAAGCACAAUAGUUGCCUGUGACUUGUAGCAGAAUCAGAAAGCUUAGUUGGCGAAAGAAAGUUGAUCGAGACUAACGAGAUAACUAUAACUUUGCACAUAUUGGAUAAUUUAGAGAUGUAAGCUCAUUGAACUGUGAAAAAAUCCGCUUGUCACUAAAAAAUGCAACAGACUAAUAUGACACUUUAUUUUUUUGCCCCUUCACAUUUCGAAAAUUUUCAAAGGGGGGGGUGACAUAAACUUUUUUUCAAAUUUGUAUAAGCCUUAUUACAUUACAUAAAAGUCAAGAUAUUACUACAUUUCUCGCCCGUGAUUUGGUGUACAUUUUAAAGUUUGGAGUUACCAAUACAUAAGCUGUGAGUCAUUUUAUAACUUUUUUGAAGCUUGAUCCUGUAUUGAUCAAUCGGUUCACCUGUACCCUCUUCAUAUAUUAUGUUUCGAUUUCGAUAUGAACAAUGUCGAAAUAAUGUCAAAAGGUUCCAGAUCCUCGUUAUUUAAACGAAUUUAAGCAAAUUCAGUAGUUUUUUUGUGAGAAUGCGUCAGAAAACUUUUUGAGUUUUUAAGGGGGCAUAGUACCUUUUAUACCAUAUUUUUUGCCAUAUUUCAAAUAUUUUUUUCUCGAUAACGCGAAACGCGAAUCGAAUCGGGUUUUUUGCAUUCGAAACAUUGCAUUUUAUACUAAUAUUUACAACUUUGUUUUCAGAUGGGCACCUCUUCCCCUUCCCCAUACGGCUCCUUGAAGAUAGUCAUUUAAAAAAAAAUAUGAAUUGCGGUACCAUGGAUUGACGCUGGGGGGCUUUUCCGAAUUCAAAAUUCCAAAACGACAUGAAAGUAUAUUGAGUUAUCUCGUGUUUGACCCAUCCUUUUUUUAACGUAUAACAAAAUGGCGGACAUUCAAACAUAAAAGUAAGGUUUUUAGUCGAAAAAAUGGACUUUAAAAAUUUCUAAAAAAUACAAAAAUUGUAAUAUCGAAAAAAGGAUGGGUCAAACACUAGAUAAAUUUGUUAGCUUUAAAACAAAAAAAGAAGAAUCUUGAGAAUUGCUUGAGCCGUUCUUGAGAUAUUUAUGGUACCGACUUUGAAAACCUGGUUUCGAGAAAAACGGCGUUGAAGUUUUUAUUCGCUGUGUAAUUGCUCCAGACAUGCGCGGUACAAAUAGCUGUAACUUUCUCAAUUUUUCGGAAUUCAUCCAAACGGCUUCAAACACAUAUGGUCAAAAUGUUAAUCUUUCGAAAUAAUCAAUAAAAAAAAAUCGGUUUUCAAAAAUUGAAAAGGUACUAUGCCCCCUUAAUUGUCAAAAUCUAACACCCCGAUUUUGACCAACCGGGUACAGGUAUGUCUACUUAGUAAGGCCAUUACAAAUUUUUUUGAAGUUUUGAUUUUUGAUGAAAUUUUCGACCACUUUUGAUGAAAUUUUCGACCACUUGUUUCGAAACAAUCGACCACUUAGCUAGAGUGAUCGAAAUUAGGAGCUGAUUGGAAUUAUGUGCGUUAACGAUACAUAUACUCUUUUCUUUUCUAGAAUUUAUAGAUCAGUAUUUUCUAUUCUACGCUUAGGGUACCCCUUAGUCAGUUAGGGUGAUCACAAAAAUAAUCGAAACUAUAUUUUUUAAAUUGUACAUCCAAAACAAAAAAAUAAACGUUUCUGAAUUUUUAAUAAAUUAUGCAAAAGUC